AGAAGGCCAGACAGCCAUAAUUGAUAAUGGCAAGAGGCGUUUCCUGUCUCCCGUUUGACGUAUGCACGUUUCCUUCAUUCCGUCCCCGUUACCCCGGGCAACAGCGGAGCCGUCUGGGAAGGAAGGAACCCGAGCAAAAGCACUGUAUCCAGCAGUUAUAGAUGGCUGAAGUGAAGUUGAUGUUCCGGGAAGUCCUUCCAAAACAAGGGCAGUUGUCUGUAGAAGAUGUAACCACAAUGGUGCUAUGUAAACCCAAGCUUUUGCCCUUAAAAUCUCUGACUCUGGAAAAACUGGAGAAAAUGCAGCAAGCAGCACAGGAUACAAUCCGCCAACAAGAAAUGGCAGAAAAAGAAGACCGGCAAAUAGCCCACUGACUCGUACCACUUUAAGGGGACAACCCAUCUCACCUGUUCAGAACUAGAAACUAUUCUGCAUCUAUAGGCUGAAAAUACAUAAUCAAACUGGACAUUCAUAAUUUUAAAAAACAAAAUUUGGGAACUUAAACAUUGGCUUGUGUUAAAGAGAAAACUUUGCUAUUACCGGGCGGUGGUGGCGCACGCCUUUAAUCCCAGCACUUGGGAGGCAGAGGCAGGCGGAUCUCUGAGUUCGAGGCCAGCCUGAUCUACAAGAGCUAGUUCCAGGACAGGCUCUAGAAACUACAGGGAAACCCUGUCUCGAAAAACAAAACAAAAAAAAAAAAAAAAAAAACUUUGAAUGAUGUUUUAUGGGAUCUUGAAAAGGUUUUUAAAAUUAAAUUACCUUAUUCACCCUACCUACUGUAGUAGUGUUAGAGAUUAGAUGUGUCUUUUCUGGAUGAAGGGUUCCUCAUCUUUUUAGACACCUAAAUCUGAAAAUAAACUCUAUUCCUGAAUAUAUUGUUACCCAGAAACAAACUUAACCAGUUACGUACCAUGUCAUCCUUAAUGGUAUGUAGCCUGACCAUAAUGACAGCAGUAAUAACAAAGCUGGUUUCUUAACUAAUUUGAUUUUUAAAAAACCUUCAGCUAUUUUGGAGUCAACUAAGCUUUUAAUUACACUAAUUUUAAGAAAUAGAGAAUUACAAAAGUGUUGAUUACCAAAUACAAAAACCUUGAAAUGCUUAUUUUAGCCAUCACACUAAUAAACCAAUAAAAUAAAUAUGAGCUUUAAAAAACACUAGAGGGUUUUCUUUCUAAACGACUACCUAGUCUUGUAACCAAGAAAAUAUUUUGGAAAUUGUAACUAUAAUGGUUGAUUGCAGUCACUAGACUUCAAAAUUGCCACAGACUUUGAAACCUUGAUAAGUAAUUAGGCUUCAUAAAAGAGGUUAGAAAUAUGAUCUCCCUUUAAAGUAACUUAUUUAUUGGUAAUUACAUAUUGAUAUUUAGAUAAAUGUAAAGCUUUAAGUAGAAUACUUUAAGAAAAUACUUUUUAAUACUUAUUUUAAGAGAAUACUUUUUUUCUUCCAUGAGCAACUUUUAUUUCUUACCUGAAUAAACUCUCUGAAGUCAAGGAAUCUAAAACCAUAGUUAAAAUAUGCUUCAAAUUUCUAUACUGUAAUUCUGUCAAGAUAUCCAGCUGUUCUCUGCCCAUCUUGCCAAUCAGUCCAGCCAGAACACGCUGAAGUCUAUUUCCCCCUCAUCCCUUUCCUCAAAGAAUGCCUGGUCAUCUUCCUGCUGGAAUCUCUUCUUUUUACUUUUAAUAAAGAGCUCAUGCACUAACUGAA